UAGCUCCUUGUAUGGCUGAGAAGUUGGACCGGAGUCAUUUGCAUCCCCCUCCCGUCCGUCCCUGUUUACAGAGAGGAGCGUCUGAUGUGUGUGUUCAUGUGUUUGCUCUGCUCCGCCUGUCUGUCACAGGAGGCCACCCUGGUGCCCGAGUCGACUCGAGCAGAAAGCACUCAUCGCUUUUGGGACUCAAAACCGCCGAGUUGGACCAUGUAGUGGAACCCGGAAUUAUGCUCCUCAGUUCAACUGCAGUAACAGGUGUAGCUAGGGUUAGAGGUGGUGGUGUGGCGAGGAGUUGGUACUGUUGGUGAAGCAUGGAUCCUCCCGAUUCCGCCGGGUUGCAGAAAGUCGGCCUACGCAGGAGGCUGUGCCGGGAUAACCACAGGCAGGACAGUAUCAGAGAUUGGCUCUCCUCCAACGUCGACGUGGAGGAUGCAAAGCGAGAGGCUGCGUCGGAGCGGGCAGUGCCCAUGCGGAGGAGCCCCAGCGAAGAAGAUGACCUAGCCUUGGGUGUCGAAGCGUCGGUGUACGGUAGACCGGGAGUGCAGACAGUCCAGGAGUUUCUGAGGUCUACGAGGUCCAGCCCAACCUUCAGCCGCUGGAACAGCUUCAACUCGGUCGGGACCAGCCACUCCGCCCCCCUGAGCGUGAUGGACGUGCUCAACAUGUGGAUGGACGACCCGGAGGAGCUGCUCCUGGACCUGGGCUUCGGCUGCGACGAGCCGGACAUCUCGGAUCGCAUCCCGGCGCGGUUCAUCAACGCCCCGUCGCAGGCCCGCGGCAUCAACAUCCAGGUGUUCCUGGAGGCCCAGAAGAGCCGCCUCGACCUGGAGAACCCUGACGUCAGCAACCGCUUCAGACAGCUGGAGGUGCUGCAUCAGGUGACCACGGCCUUCUCCGCCCUGGUUGGGUCGGGGCCCCCAAAGGCCCACGGGUCGGUCCAGGUCAAGACCCUCCCGGCGGAGGCCCAGGAGAGGAGGCGGCGCGUGGGCCUGCUGCUCCGACGGGCCUCCAAGAUGUCCCUCAACCUGGAGGCCGGGGGCAACGCCGGCGAGGGGGCUCCGGCCGCCGCACUCAAAGGGGACAAGAAGGCCCUGAGCCUCAAGAGGCCGGCCGCACUGAGCCCCCUGGCCGAGGAGCAGGGGCCCCAGGACCCGCUGCUCCCCCAGGUGCCGGGGGCCUUCCAGCCGCAGGACGGGGCGCUCAGGCUGGAGCCGCUGAAGGAGGACCAGCCCCUGGACACCAGCGGCCCCCCGAGGAAGAGGAGCUCGGGGAAGUCCAGGGAGUCCUUUGAGAUGGAGGAGAUCCAGAGUUUUGACGAAGGCAGUGUCGUCAGUGGGAUGACCGGAGGACCAGAAAACAUGGGUAAGACAUUUGAAUUACAUUAUGUAUUAACAGCAGCUACCUUUAUUAAAUGGAAAAAUAAGUCAAAUGUAAUACAAUGCCUUAUUGUGUUAUUGCUUGUUAAUGGCUUUGAUAGUAUUGUAUUAUUUAGUUCAGCUUUGUGCUCUCUGGGACUCUCUACUAUGUGGUGCUGUAGGUUCGAUGACCGCCUUGUUUUCUUUGUUGGGCUCUCUUCGGUUCUCCUCGUGAAGCAGCGUUCAGGUUGCAUCGUAGAACCAGCACUACUUGCUGCGUGGCUCUGUUUGCUUGACUUUGUGUUUCUUUAUCUUGCGGUUUUUCCAAAGCAACGAUCAUGUGCAGUUUGGGGCCUGGUCAGAACCAACAGCACCCAGUCGGACAGCAGCGGGUUCCUGGAGGAACCCUUUGUACCCUCUCUCGACCCAGGACCAGAGCUCAUCAAGACGUUGGCGGUCCUGUCGGGGGACACCCCCCCUCCCUCCCCCACCACCCUCCCCCCUCACCACCCCCUCACAGCGGCCCCCUCCCACACCGCUGCUCCUCCCCCUCCUGCGUGUCUCCCCUCGUCUCCGGACCCCCCGGCGGACAGAGCGUCCCCCAACCUCACCCCUUCAUCCCCCAACCUCACCCCCACGUCUUCGAACCAACCCAAGGAGCCACACAGAGGGAACGGUUCUUUAGGGGAGGAGCCAGUUAGAGGGAGCGGUUCUUUAAAGGAGGAGCCACACGGAGCGAGCUAUUCAUUAGGGGAGGAGCCAGUCAGAGGGAGCGGUUCUUUAGGGGAGGAGCCACACAGAGGGAACCGUUCUUUAGGGGAGGAGCAACAAAGAGAGAGCAGUUCUUUAGGGGAGGAGCCACACAGAGGGAGCGAUUCUUUAGGGGAGGAGCCAGUCAGAGGGAGCGGUUCUUUAGGGGAGGAGCCACACAGAGGGAGCGGCAGGGCUCAGACUGGAGCUCCAGAGGGAGCGGUGAGUCCAGCUGGGUCUUGGGUUCCCCCGGCGGCCUCAAGACCUGGCCUCCGUCCUCCUGGGGAGUCCAGCGUGUCUCCGGCCCGCCAGCGCUCUGCAGUCUCCGCAAUGCGGCCGGACGACGAGACAACGAACGAUCCUGUCCUGGAGGGCCCUGGCUCCCCAGGCCUCCCUGUCUCUCCAGGCCCCCCUUUCUCUCCAGGCCCCCCUGUCUCUCCAGGCCCCCCUGUCUCUCCAGGCCACCUUGUCUCUCCAGGCCCCCCUGUCUCCCCAGGCCCCCCUGUCUCUCCAGGCCCCCCUUUCUCUCCAGGCCCCCCUUUCUCUCCAGGCCACCUUGUCUCUCCAGGCCCCCCUGUCUCUCCAGGCCCCCCUGUCUCUCCAGGCUCCCCUGUCAGACAUGUGGUCCCGGGGAGGACGGACCCCAUGGCUGGGGGCCCAGAGUGCGGCUCUCUGGGGCCUCACAGCAGCAGUGGCGGGGGUGUGGAGCAGAGCGGCGAGAAGCCCCGUGACACGGUUCAGGAUACGGCCGGGGUCCGGCCCGGGGACGCGUUCUGGACCGGGUCGGGGCGUUACCCUCCGUUUGGUGGCGCCGAGAUAACGCAGAUGAAGGCAGGGUCGUUACCUCUCCUGGUGGAGACGGACAUCGAUGCAGCCGAGAUGUCCCUCCCAGGGUCUGGAGGGCUUCCUCAGGGCACGGGAACAGCUGCCGACGCAAAACACGGGGUAGGAGAACGUCCUGAAAGAUCAGGUCAUCACUUGGUGGAAACUAACCUAGAUGAGGUGGGGAGGGCCUCUUGGACCCUCGCUGGGGCCCCGGCUGGGGAGUCCGAAGCCAGAGACCCAGCGCCCCGCGGACGAUACGGCGGACUGUUGGAGACGGAUCUAGAUGAGCUAGAGAGCACUGAUUUUGCAACUCAUUUUGAGACACUCGCCGUUGAAGGCAAACAGUCCAGGAGACUCCAGGAAGUCCUGGAGACGGACAUCGACGCAGUGGAGAGCGCAGAACCUUCUGAAGGAGGUGCCGCAGGAAGUGAUCCUCCAGGUGGGGUCCCUGGACUUCUGGAAACGCACAUAGACGACCCGGACCUGGCUGUGUACACGGGGGGCGGCGGGGUGACCCUCACCCAUAGGCUGACCGGGCCCAUCGCCGUGGCGAGCCUGGAUGAGGUGUUUGAGACCUCGCUGGACGGCUCGUCGCCGGACAGCGAGCUGGGCGACGUGGACGCCAUCUGUCUGGAGCUGGGCUCUGACGGCCUGGUCUACUGGGCCGAGCCCGUCCGGGUGGCCUCCACCUCCCCGGCUCUGAGCCAAUCAGACCGCGGCACCCCCUCCUCCCCCGCUGGCCCAGUUGCUUUAGACUCCUCCUCCUUCUACACCCCGGACCGGUUGAAAACGCUUCCCAGCGGGGAUGCGGACGCUCCCGUCGGCGUGGAAACGGCCUCCCCUCCCCCCGCCUCGCCCCCCCCGGCCCCUCGGAGGAGGUGCGGCUCGGUGUCGGUCCAGAUGCCCUCAUGUCCGUCCAGCCGCAGCGUGUCCCACAUCGUCCGUAGGAAGGACGUCCCGUACGCGCCGGCGCCGGCGUUGGCCCCCCGGCCCGCCCUCAUGUCGGCCUCCCUCCCCUGCCUGGACACCUCCACCCCCCUGCGGGCGGUGCAGUCCUGGACCGACCUGCAGCUCCGACGCAGGGGGCUGAACGGCACGGCCUGGGGCGGCCUCCUGGUCUCCCAGAGCCAGGGCUCCCUGAGGGUCGAGGCCCCGCCGACGGCCCUCAGACCCGCCACGGCCUCCUCCUCCGACCCCGCCCUCAGGACGGCGUCCGCCAGCCGCUGGUCCACGGACAGCCUGCCGGGGUCGCCCUCCAGCCUGCGCUCCACCUCGGUGUCGCUGGACACCGGGCUGUGGGCGGAGGACGAGGACGAGGACAGCCGAGAGGGGCGGGGCCGGCUGGAGGAGCACCUGUGGGAGGGGUCGGAGGAGGGCCAUCAGGCGUGCUGCUGCUCCUGCGAGCGCCAUCACACCUGCGGGGCGACGCGCCUCCGCAGAGCGCACAGCACACAGAGCGUCCCGUAUUCCCAGGAGGAGCUGGAGAGCAUGAUCUUCUCCCUGAGGAGGUUCCGGGUGGUGCUCGCGGACAUCGAGGAGCAGGUGUCUGACGACCAGGCCUCCGUCUUCACCGCCCUGUCAGCCUCCGUCAGGGAGGAGGUGUGUGACAUCGCAGAGCUGAGGAGGAAGGUGAAGCAGGAGGCCGGGGAGCUGGAGCUGCAGCUGAAGGAGCUAACGCACCACUACGACGACAACUUCCAGAUGAAGAUGCAACGACUCCUGAACGAGCAGACGCUCCUCUGCUCCCAGCUCAGACUCCUCCCCCCCCCUGGGAUCACGCUCCCUGUGGGAGGGGCCACCACGCCCGUCCGGAGCGUCUCCACGCAGUGCAGCCUGUCCCCGGCCCCUAAACAGCAGGGCAACCCCCUGCCCAGCCCCGGGGGUCCGGCCCUUGACAGUCCUAUGCUGGUCUGCACCACGACCAAACCGGACAAGCUGGACUUCGUGGGCUUCCUGCAGAGACUAAAAGAUUCCUUGCGUCCAUCUGUGAAUGCAGAGUCCUUGGAAUGAGAGUGUGACUGAAGAGUCUUCCUCCACGGCCGUCUGUUUGAUACGCAGAGGAAACUACAGAAUGGAUGAACGUUUGAUACGAUGAAGAAACAACAGAACGAAUGGACGUUUGAUAUGAAGAGGAAACUAGAGAAGGGAUUGACGUUUGAUAUGAAGAGGAAACAACAGAAGUCAUCAUUAUUAGCGUUUUGGGUGUCAUGUGGCCCCGGUCCCGGAAGGUUGCUAGUUCGAUACCCGGCUCCUCUUAGCUGAGUGUCGAGGUGUCCCUGAGUAAGACAUCUAACCCUAAAUGCUCCCGACGAGCUGUCUGCAAGGUUGACACACCGUUGGUGUUUGAAUGUGUGGAUGAAUAUGUGGAUAGGUGUUUGAAUGGGUGAAUGUAAGGUGAUAUUGGAAAUCACUCUUAGUGGCCACUGGUUAGAACAGUGCUGUAUAAGUGCAGUACAUUUGCCAUUCAUCAUUAUUAUAAUGUAUAUAGAAAUACAAAUAAUAUAUAUUGUUGGCAGCUCCAAACAUUAUGCAAAUAUAAAGCAAUGUAAAUUGUUGAGUGAAACAAAAUGGUGACCUAGUCCAUGCUUUUUAAAAACAUAACAUUGUAUGUAUUUUUUAUAGUAAUAUAUUCCAAAUGACAUUUCACAUAAUAUUUUCAUAAUCUUUAUAUCAUGUGAUUUAUAUGAUUUUGAAUGUUUAAGAUUUGCCUCAAUCUUAAGACCCGACUCCAUUUAAGACUUUUCUAAAGGCAGAAAUAGAAAUAAAUGAAUGCAAUGAAAUGAAUUAGGGCAGUGUGAUUUAUUUGAGUAUCAACAUUGUACAUGAAUACCACAGCAAUGAAACUGAGGAAAUUAUACCAAAUAUAACUAUAACCACAAGAUAUGAACUGUGUCCUCUAAUGGUUAUAAACCAUCAACAUGGUUGAUCAUUAACAGAGCAUGAAUCAAGCUCUGCUGUUAACUACACAUUUUGAUUAUCAUCAACAGUAUGGAAUUUAAAAAAUGCAAUAUUUGUUGUAUUUAUUUAUACAGUAUGGUUCCGUGUUUCAGUACCGCGUGUGUGUUCUGUGAGAAGUAAGAUGUGAUGCUCUUGUUCUCAGAGAGUUGGAACAAUAGAGCUGGAGGCUCCACACACUUGAAGGUGUAGAGGUGGUGUGUGGCUCCUUCACCACAGCAUCAAACAGCCUGAGUGGUUUAUUAGUGAAAGCCUUAUACGGUGGUAAUAUAUUUAUGUUUCUAUCUAUAU